UUCAAGAUGUCAAGGCAUUAUGUGUCGGUUCUUCUCCUGGUUUGUAUCACACAAGCAUGCUUGGCCUUCGUCCCGAGCUGGACUGCGACGUUCAGGUCUUCACGCUUGCAGCCCCCUGCUUCCACGCCUGCGGCGGCGACGUGUUCGCUCUCGCAGCCCUCUGGUGCGAUCUGCACUGUGUUCGGGGCGUGUGGCACUUGUGGGGCGCAAAUGUUUUACCCGGUGCGAGGGAUGACGGGCUUGAGCGCGAUGAGCGAGGGCGACGAGGAGGAGGGUGGUGGCGAUCAUCAUGCGCGAGAAGCUGCCGAUCGCCUUCCGGCGGCGGACGAGAUCCGUGCGGUCCAGGAUGAGAUCCGUGGUGUAGAGCGCAAGAUCGAGGAUGCAGAGGAGGAGACGGCAGAGGUUGUCAAGAAGAUUGAUGAUAUUGAGGCUGCUAUUGCUGGGGGCGCCAGGUACCUCGGAAUGACCGACCCCGAAGCCCUCUUGAAGCAACUAGAGCAACUACGCAGGAAGGAGGAGCAUCUACGCAGGAAGGAGGAGCAGCUACGCAGGAAGGAGGAGCAACUACGCAGGAAGGAGGAGCAGCUCCGCGAGCUCCUUUUGAAGACGGAGGACCGGCUCUCCAGGAGUGAGCAGUUUCGUGCCAACAACGCCCCCGCAGAUCAGGCGAGUGCGUUGCAGGCGCCAAAUGGAAGGUAG